AUGUUUGAAAAAUGGUGGGUUUUUCGAUCUGGAAUCCAAAAUAAGCAGCCACUUUUCACUGUCUACCCACUGUACAAGCCUCAAAGGCCGGGUGGAAUCCCUCCCAUCCUCCAAGGUUGUGGGGUCUCAAAGGCCAGGAGGCUCCCAGUCUUUGAGACUGUCCAAGCCUCAAAGACUGGGAGGAAACCUCCUGGUUUUCAAGGCCUGGUGGUACCCAUAGCCGUACCUGGGUACCACAUGCCUUUAUGCCCAAAGACAGACACCCAGCACCACCUGGCAGGGGCAGGCAGUACCUGCCAAGUUCUUCCCAGUACCUAG